AUGAACCCCGGCGGCGGCGCGGGCGGCGGCAGGAGUAACUACGGCCCCAGCUCGCCGCCCACCGGCUGCCUGCCGCCCUUCUACGAGACCCUCAAGGGCGGCGGCAUGUCUUCGCUCUCAUCCCUCUCCGCCUUCGGCGGCCACCCCUACGGCGGCGGCGUCGGCGCCGGCUACACCAUGCUGCCCUCGUCGCACUCCCUGGACUGCGGGACGGACACGGGGCAAGGCCAGGGCCAGGGCGGGGGCGGCAUGGGGGGCUACAUGGACGGACCGCUGCCCAAGCAGUACUCGCUGCUGCAGAACGUGUGCGCGUCCUACGGCCUCACCGUCAAGGAGGAGGACGACUUCUCCAGCUUCGACAUGCUCACCUCCGGCAAGAUCGGCGGCCUCCCCCAGAUCUCCACCCUGACGGGCGGCUUCGUGUCGUCGCAGAGCAACAACUACGACGUCAACGACCAGAUGAUGGUGGACCUGUCGGGCGGCUCCGUGGUGGACUUGACGGCCACGCUCACCUUCUCGUCGGCGGCGGAGCACAGUGCGCUGCUCGAGUCGCUGAGCGACGCGGCGGACUUGUUCAUGACGCGGAUGCCCCACGACGACGACCUGGAGGCGCCGGGCACGGUGAGCAGCAGCAGUAGCGGUAGCAACGCCCAGACCGCCGACCUGCUGCACGGGUCGCCGCAGUCCAGCGAGUCCCUGGCGGGCUCCGUGGACCCGUUCCCCGAGCCCGCGCCCUACCCGCGGCCCUACGACACCCCCGUCAACGGCAACGUGAACGGCAACGUGAACGGCAACGGCGUGGGCAGCCAGUACAAGCCCAGCCCGUCCGCCAGCACCACCAGCCCCACCUCCUCCAACGCCUUCAUGGGCCACGACGGCUACCAGCUGCACAAGCAGGAGCCCGGCUACCACCUGCACAAGCAGGAGGCCGGCGACCAGCCGCAGCUGCAGCAGCUGCAGGUGCAGGUACACUUGCAGAACCCCAGCAGCAGCAACAACAACAAGUGCUCGCUGCUGUCGCCCGGGCUGUCGUUCGACCUGGACUCGCCCACCACCAUGUCGCUGCCCUCGCCCGCGUCCUGCGGCGUGGACGACAACGGCCUGGGGGACUCGGCCGCCUCCAUGUCGCCCGGCGGCUCCGUGGCCUCGGGCCGCAGGGACUCGUCGCACAACGACCAGGACAUGCUGCCCUCGCUGCAGGUCCGCGUCAACGUCAUCCAGCAGCGGCUUGGCCUUCCUGGAGAUGUUGCCUUGGAGUUCGUCAACGGCGGGCACGGCAUCAAGAACCCCCUGGCCUCCCACGAGGUGCUGCCAGGGCCUCCCAGGCCGGCGGCUCGCCCCGCCCCUGAAGAGCCUGCACCAGUUGAUGAAGUGGCACCUCGUUUCCAGCAGAAUGGGAAGCCGACACGCUUCUCAUGUCACCUGUGCACCAAGAGCUUCUCCCUGCAGCGACUCCUCAACCGACAUAUGAAAUGCCACAGUGACGUCAAACGUUACCUCUGUACAUUCUGUGGAAAGGGCUUCAAUGAUACUUUUGACCUCAAGAGACACACCAGGACACACACAGGUGUUCGUCCCUACAAAUGUAAUCUCUGUGAGAAGUCCUUCACCCAGCGCUGCUCUUUGGAAUCACACUGUCUGAAAGUUCACGGUGUGCAGCACCAGUAUGCUUACAAGGAAAGGCGUACAAAGAUGUACGUGUGUGAAGAGUGUGGCCACACGACAAAUGAACCAGAGGUCCACUACCUGCACUUAAAAGAUAAUCACCCGUAUAGUCCAGCACUCCUUAAGUUCUACGAUAAGCGGCAUUUCAAGUUUACCAACUCAAAUUUUGCUAACAUGCUUCUACAACCGUCACAGUGAACACCUGGAAAGGUGUGGUCUGGAAAUAGUGAUGAAACAGAUGUUCCUUACAUCCAUAUUGACUGAACGACUUACCUGUAGGGAUCUGCAAUGAACAAUUCAGUUUUAUCCUUAGAUAUUUAUAUCCGUCCAAGAUGAAACCCCCCAAUGGCAACUCCUCUUGACAGUGGAGUUCUAUGAUGUCCCUCUCUUAUAUAUGAACCAAAAAGUAUAUAUUUGAGUAAAAUUUUGAGUCAAUUUACCUAAUUUUGUUUUAAGGAUAAGGUCUAUUUUUAUUGCUACUAUUAUUUUGUCUGGUAUUAUAGAUAUAAUAAUAUUAUUUUUUGUUGAGGAAGUUGAUAUGAUUGUUUGCUAAAUGUUUUGUGGAAAUUCUCCUAAGAUUUUUUUAUGGUGAGCCACUGUGCUUUUGUGACAAAGUUAAGGCAAUUGGCAAGCAUCGUCAUUCUAUUUUAAGGGAUGUUAAAAAUUAAUGAAGCAAAUUGGUUGUGUUUUGAGAGUAUAUUUUGUUAUUGGGACAGAUAGUGUUUGGGACAGGCUAAUAAUGAAAAGUGUUAUGUACAUUUCUUCGCUGUGUAUAGUGUUAUUUAAAGCAUUUUUUUUUUCUGCUGUUAAGGGCCUGUCCCUCUCUCUAACAUAAUAAUUUUGGUCAUGUGAAAAUAUGUGAAAUCGAACAAAAUGCAUUUUCCAAAUAAUACAUAAUAAUAUCAUUGUAAUGUCUGUUGUUAACAGAAGUGUUUUAAAACAGUAGGUACCUGUGAUAUAUUAAUUUUAAUGAUAUAAGUACAAUAAUGAAUAAGAUCAAGUUGUAGCACAUAAGCAUUUUUCAUUAUUUUAAUUAUAGAACAAUAAAGUUUACAUAGAAUGAAAAUCAUUUAUUGUAAUUAAUACUGAUGCAAAAGGUUUGUGUACAGUGUCCGGGCUUGGUGGGAAUUUUUCUUAAUGCGUAAAUUCUCCCGCGGCAUUUAGUUAUUUCUGUUGUUUACGGGUCUGUCAGAAUCUUCUCCACGUAAGGAUUAUGUGCUUUCUUGCACACUUGUGCUUUGUAACUGCAAGUUGUGCAAAGUCCCUGCCACAUACACUUUUUCAUCUUUGGGAAAGCUCUUAAUCUAGAAAUUUAAGUCUCUCAUGUUCCAUUGACAAAUGCUAAGGUCAGAGCUAGUUCAGGACGUAGCUCACCAAGUUUUGGAAAAUAAUGUAGGGUGAUUGGUGGCUUGAGGACUCAAGGGUACUUUACGUGAGCUCUUUCUGAGCCAGCUCUCAUAUUUGGUCUCUGGAACAUUUUAUCAGAAUCUUCAAUGACAUAUCAGAUGCUUGAGGUGUCUGACAUGAAGCAAGAACUUGGGAUAUCUGUUGUUUAUUAUUCCAUUACAGUAUUGUGUUGUGCUUUCCUGUUAGCUUUUCCGGUUAGAUUAAAAAUAUAUAUUAACAACCAACUUGAGCAGAAAGAUAGUGAUACAUCGAAUUUCGAUUCUUGAACAGUUUUCUAAAACGCUGAUAGGAGCCUACAACUUCUACUGAUGUUGUGUAGAACUCUCUGGACUGGAGCCUAAUCAUUCUCCAUGCUGGGUCUUUGCUGCUUUCUCCUUUUAUGAAGAUCUUCUCAUUCUUUGAUGUAUUAAUAUUUAUUAAGAAUGUUUGGAAACUGAAUUGUUACUUAUUAUGUACAGAUAGAUCUGAACUUAAAUUAUUUGAAGCACUAGCUAUGGUACAGUUUGUAUAUUGUCAAAUUUUAUAUCCUUGUGCUGUUUGCUAAUGGUAUAGGCAUUUUGGAAAAAUUCUUGGCUGUUUGGUGAAAGUUGUCAUUGCAACUGUGUAUAAAGAGCAUUCACAUUUGUGCAACCUGUAAACUUCCUCCCUGUGUAGCUUCUUUUUCACAUCAGGUCAAGCAGUGUUAUUUGUUUGUUGUUGUAAUCUCAAAUCUAAAACGGAUUUUCAUUCACAGGGUAAAAUAUUGUUCAGUCUUUGGCAACUAGUGCAAUAAUUUGAUUGUGGCAAAACAUCACUUUAAAUCCUGCUUCUCAACUGACUUUUUUAAUUCUAUAAUAAAUGUUGAUUAUUUACUUAUUAAUUUUCAGCCAAUUGCAGGAAGUACGACAAACACAUGUCUUGUGAUAUUCAUUUAUCUGCAAUAUUUGUUAAAACUAUCAAUAAUUAAGUGAUGACCGCUUUCUAGAUAUUCCACGAUUGAAGCACUGUUGCUAGGCUUAAGUUAUUCUCUGUACUUCUUUGUAUAUAAUUAUACCCUGUUAAGAAAGACUCUCAAUGUUUCUUUUUUAAUAAAGUUUUAUCAGAAAAA